CCCAUCACCAUUAAACCAAAGUAUUAGAGAAUACGGUGCUUACUUAGAUAUGAUGAAAGGAGUCCAUUUCCUUGCAAUUGUCGCUCUCUUGUCACUUGCAUCCUCCCUUGUCUCUGCCUUCGAUCCCAGCCCUCUUCAGGAUAUCUGUGUUGCAGUUGAUGACCCCAAGUCUGCCGUGUUUGUGAAUGGAAAAUUCUGCAAGGAUUUGAAGUAUGCCAAGGCUGAAGAUUUCUUCUACUCUGGGCUUCAAAAGCCUGGAAAUAUAGAUGACAAGAUUGGAUCGAGUGUUACUACUGUGAAUGUGGACAAAAUACCAGGCCUCAACACUCUAGGCAUAUCUUUGGUUCGUAUUGACUACGCACCAUAUGGCCAAAAUCCUCCCCACACUCACCCUCGUGGUACUGAGAUUCUGACAGUCAUAGAAGGUACUCUUUUAGUUGGUUUUGUCACAUCCAACCCCGAGAAUCGCCUUUUCACCAAGGUUCUAAACAAGGGAGAUGUCUUCGUGUUCCCAAUUGGUCUCAUUCACUUCCAGUUCAAUGUGGGAAAGACUAAUGCUGUAGCCUUUGCGGGUUUGAGCAGCCAAAAUGCAGGUGUCAUUACAAUAGCAAAUACUGUUUUCGGCUCCAAUCCUCCCAUCAAUCCUGAUUUUCUCGCCAAGGCCUUCCAACUUGACAAGAAUGUUAUUGAAGAUCUUCAGAAAAAGUUCUAAUUGUACAUCAUUUAGAGAAACUUCUAAAACAAUUAUAAUAACUUGCCUUGUUCCAUUAUAAUAAUAUUAAAAUAAAAGUUUGUUUAUGUAACACUCUCUAAGUGGAGUUGAAAUAUAAAAUAAUAGACAUUUGUUG